AUGUCUGAACAAAAUAUUCAUAAUAACAUAUGUUCUGAGGCAAACACUAAUAAUUUUUGGUUAACACGUCCUCCACCUCCUUUUAUGCCACCUCAACCCAUUCAACCAAUGUAUAAUUUAGAUUAUAAUAAUAUACCCUUUAUUCGUCCACCUCCAUCACCAUAUAAUCAACCAGCACAAAAUCAUUAUAAUAUGCCUUAUGGUGCUAAUAUUAGUAAUCAACACUAUCAAGAACAAUAUGUACCAUCUCAUCAGAAUAUAAGCAAUUCAUUUUCAUCUCUUCCGGAUAAUAUUGAUGAAGAAUAUAUUCGCCAAUAUUUAUGUCCUUUACCAAAAGCUCCAAAAGACGAAACUACUAUUUGGAUUGAAAAGUGGUUAGCCAGCAAAGAAAAACAUAAUAAUACAUUAAAGGAUGUCAAAUCGAAAAAUGUAGUUGAGAUUAACCAAAUCAGCAAUAUUGUAAAAGAAUGUAAACAAUUAUUAGAAAAUAUGAGUAAUAACAAAAAACUUAUGGAGCAGAAUUUAUCUACCAUGACAGAAGCUGAUUGGAAAAAAGCUUGUUCCGAUUUAAUCUUAGAUAAAAAACAAAUAGAUACUAUAAUAACAAUGUUACAUUUUGAUACUGAAUCAUUGUCUGAUUUAAAAUUUCGAUUAGCAAAAAGAAAAAAGAAAAGGGAUAGAUUAAAGAGACUUAAAUCUAACCUAAAACUUAUCAAAUCCCAAAAAAAAGAUGAAAUCCUAGAAAUAAACAGAAAGAUUGAUGCUUGGCAAAAUUCCUUAAAGGAAAAUAUACUAAAAGAAAAAAGAGUUAACAAAACUAAAGCUGAAGCAAACAUUGUCUUGAAAGGGGUCAGAGAAAAAAUUGAAGAUGCUAAAAAUCAGCUAUCAUUGUUUGAUACUUUGGACAAAUUAAGAAGAUCUAGACUUCAAAAUUGUGCUAACCAAAGAAAAAAUCCACUUUUAGAAAAUACCUUAAAUAAAUUAAAAAUACUUUGGCAGCAUAAAUUGGCAGAUUACAAUAAAGAAGAAGAAGAAUUGAAAAAUAUGCUUACUGAAGCCGAAGCCAAAAAACAUGAAAAACGAGAAAUUGAAAUUCAAGAAAAAUUAGCUGAAUGGGAUCAUGUUCUUUUUGGCCCAAGUUUUAGAUCUCAUGAAAUGGCGAUUGAUAAUUAUACAUUCCUUGAAAUACGGAGAGGCUGGGAUAAAUAUGUUGUUGAUGAAAAUGAGAUGUCAGCAUCUAGCAGUAUACCUUUGGGUUGGAUUUUACCAUUAGAACCAUGUAAUAAUGAUUGGGCUAAAUAUUCCAAUAAUAUAAUGUAAUAAUAAUUUUAAUAAAUAAUGCACACUUAAAUUUUUUAAAUAUAUGUAUUGUUUGUAAUUGUUUA